AGUGGUUUUGAGGGGCGUCGGAAGCAAUUAAAGGAGAUCUACCUAACUCAGGUUUUACUGUAUUACAUUCUUGAAGUAUCCAGAUUAGAAGCAGAAAUGGCCGAGAACUAUUCUGGGAAGCCAGUUAGCAGCCAGCCUGGAAUGCCUGGUGAGUGGAUGGCAAUGCCCAAUAACGUCCAGUACUCGCCAAACUGCCCUCCUGGACUGGAAUACUUGACCCAGAUAGACCAGGUCCUCAUCCACCAGCAGAUAGAGGUUUUCGAAGUACUCACUGGCAUUGAAAUGUGCAAUAAAUACCAGAUCAAAAAUUCCCUUGGACAACAGAUCUACUUUGCUUAUGAAGAGUCUGAUUGUAUGCACCGUAUAUGCUGUGGUCCGCAUCGUGGAUUUGUCCUACAUAUAGUCGACAAUGCUCAACAGGAGGUAAUGAGGAUUGUGCGUCAUUUCAAGUGUUGCGCAGGUUGCUGCUGGUGUGCUGAUUGUGCCGACUGUGGUUUUGAGAUCCAGGUCGAAGCACCACCGGGCAACAUUGUAGGAUAUGCCAAGCAAAGACAAUAUUUCUGGAUGCCUGAACUUGAUGUGCAGAAUGCUGAGAAGGAAACCAUUCUGAAGAUUCGUGGUCCAUGCUGUCUCUUCUGCACCAUGGAAGACAUCGACUAUAAGGUCAUGACCCCUGACCUGAAGAGUGAGGUCGGGAAGAUCACCAAGCAGUGGGGAGGAUGCUUCAGAGAAUGUAUUACAAAGGCUGACAACUUCUCUAUCACAUUUCCUCAGGAUCUAGAUGUGAAAGCCAAAGCAACUUUGAUGGCAACAAAUAUUCUUAUUGAAUUCAUGAUAUACGAGCAGCAGAAGAACAAUAAUAACUAAGAUGUCUCGCUGUAUGUGAGGUCUGCAGGAGCAGUGGUUAGGAGGUGGUCGGUUAUCAUGCAUAGGAAUAGAUUUCACCACAAAAACUUUCACAAAACUGCCUCAACAUGAUGCAUUAUCUUUCACAGUUUGUUGCAAUUUCGUUGGCAAAUUUUGUAGUUAAGCAUGAUUCAAUGUUUUUUUAUUUAUGAGGUCACUAGUUAACAUGAAACUGACAAUGGUUGUUGCAAUUAGAGCAGUACCAAUGAUAUAAAUAUAUAUUUUAAUUCAUACAGUGAUAUUGGGUGAAUGUUCAUGUAUCUUCUAUCCAUAGAUGUUUCUAUUACAAGCGGUUUAUCCCUAUACAUGUAUAGCUGAUUAUUUUGUGUUUGUAAACAAUUCUAGCAAACCUCUGCCAUAGUAGUCUCAAAUAUCUUGGUAAUGAACUUAUUCAAUUAGACAUUCCUAUUCCCAAAGCACAGUACUACCAUGUAGUGAUAUUCACCAUUUUCACUGUUUUGCAAUUAUGCAAAUAUUGUUUGCCAUUCAAUUAUUGUGUCAGGGAAGUCUGUCAUUAGAGUCUUUUGAGUCUUUUCAGUUAAAAUGAAAAAGAAACCCUUUGCUUUCAUCUCAAAUACCCCUCCCCCUCUAUUGAGAUUACAUGAUUUUUAUGGACAUCUGUAUGAAAAUGCUAAUAUAACUGACCUAUGUAUAUAUUAUUUUAUUAGUAUAUUGCUUACUACACUUUCAAAUUGUUUCAAAUUACCAGAUUUAAUUGAAAGAAUUAAAGUAACAGCCUAUUAUUGUUUCUUAUGUAAAAUCUGAACAUUUAAUUCUCCUGCAGUAUGAUAUAUUCUGUGCAAUGAUAUAAUGUGUUGUUUUAAAUAGUGCGGUUUUCAUAAUAGUUAUUGCUGAUUUUACAGAGGCUGUUUUUUUUAUUAUCAUGUGAGUUCAAGUUGUUUGAAUUCUCAUGAUUCAUUCUACCUAUAUGUGAAGAGAUCAAUAUUCAUCAUAAUGCCUUAAGUUUGGAACCAGGUUAUUUGUUCAUCAAUCCUAUAGAAGUGAAUAAUUGAGAAGAUAUUGACAAACCACAUAUUAAAUUACAUGGAUAUGUACUGAAAAAGAUAUGGCAAUAUAUCUAUGGAUAUAUCUAUACCAUUAUAUAUGACUACUUCAAAAGUCAAUGCUAUUGGGACGUUGUGCCUUACCACUUGUUAUUCAGGAGUCUUUUCCUAUUUUCAUGAGAGGCUAUAAUUCUGCUUUCAAACACCUUUUGGUCUAUAUAAUGUACUCUUUUUAAUAAUAAUGUUAUACCUCAUUGUUUUUACUACAUAGAGUACUAUGCAGUGCAGUAAAAAAUGCCAAAUGUUUGUAGACAAUCUCAACCCUCAGAGCUUGAGCUGCCUCAAACGUUUCAAAACCAUAACCAUGGUAACCCAUUCACAAUGGUAAAAGGGGAGCUUGAACUCAGCUUUCAAUGAUACUUACCACGGUAACACUGCCACACAGUCUAGUUUUUACAUACCGUAUGUUGUAUUUAUUCACAAAAAAUGUCUUUACAAAAAAAAUAUAUAUCUAGAUUUUUAUUUUGUUAAUGAUAUACUGUAUAUACUUAUACCCUAAAUGCAUAUUUUAUUGAAGCCAUCGCAUUCAAAAUUGCUUCAUUGUUUGUUAAUUUGUUUUCAUUGUUGACAGUAUUACUAUUUUCAAGUUUUACAGGUUUUUAAGACGAAACAAUAGACGUAAGCUUAUGUGAUAUAAUAGCAUUUUUUCAUGUUCUACUUGUUUAAUUCAAUUCAAAUUAAAAAAAUAUAUAUUGUGUUUUACCAAGUUAUGUUUUUUCUUCAGUAGCAAACUGAAUUGUGUAUGUUAUACAAUGCUACACUUCAUGUGAUCAAAGGCCGGUUACACAAAACAAUUUGAAGGCAACUUUUGGGAAUUUAAACCCAACUUGUCUUUCAGCCAAUCAGAGUUGGUUAUGAGGAACUUCUGAUUGACGCAGGUUUUAUGCAACUAGCACUUGAUAUGAAGAUUCAAGUAAUCCAAGAAAAAUCAGAGUCAGAAGGUAACAAGUCAUCGGAUGAUAAUAUGAACUUAUGCCCUUGUGUCUCUGAAAAGCUGGUGCCAGAUUAUUUUUUUGUCAUCACAAUUCCUCAUCAAAGUAUUAUGUCCGUGAUCAGUUGUUAGACAUUUUGCUAUGUUCCACGAUUUUGUGUUAUUUGCAAAGCAAAUGUUUUUAAUGCCUAUAAAGUAAAGUUGUUUAUCACUUGGCUGUGUAAUUUUGAGGCUGUGAACAUAGAGUUUUAAUAAAUUAUACAUAGUAUAUUGAUACCAAA